AUGAAACGCAAUCUCACCAUCCGGGAAAAGAUCCCUUCAGCCUUUCAUAUGGAAAUGUUAAAUUCAGUAGACCUGUUUGAAAUGUCGAUUGCAGAGCUACAGAGCCACCUUUCUCGAGGGUCUUUCACCUCCGAGGACUUCGUCAAUUUCUGUUUCGAACGAAUUCGUCGGACUGAUACUCUUUUGGACGCUGUAAUGCAAAGAAACCUCGAUGCUGUCGAGAUUGCUGCGGCGCUGGACAAGGAAAGGCAGGAAGGCAAAGUACGGAGUCAACUUCAUGGAAUUCCAAUAUUGGUCAACGAUAAUAUUGCUACAAAGGACAAGAUGCAAACCACUUGCGGGUCCUGGGCUCUAUUAGGAUCGACUGUACCAAGAGAUGCUUUUAUCGUGUCGCAGUUGAGAAGAGCGGGGGCAAUUAUCAUCGGCUACGCAAAUAUGACAGAAGGCGCGUCGACGAGGUCUACGGAGUACUCGGACGGAUAUUCAGCUCGUCGAGGUCAAGUUAGGAAUCCCUAUGACCUGUCUCAAAGUCUAUCCGGUUCUAGUGGUGGUUCAGCUGCGGCCGUUGCUGCGAAUCUGGUCCCUUUGGCAAUCGGCACGGAUACAGAUGGGUCGAUCGCUGGCCCUGCCCAGAUCACCGGACUGGUUUGUAUCAAGCCGACUCCGGGUUUGACUUCGAGGAUGGGACCGAUUCCAAUAACCGAAACUAUGGAUACGGUUGGGGUACUCGCUAAGACUGUUGCAGAUGCUGUGAUAGGGCUGAACGCUAUGGUUGGAGAGGACCCGGAUGAUCCUUUGACCAUGUGCAGUAAAGAUUUGAGGCAUGAAGACUAUUCCAAGUUCAUCAAGAAUAAGGAUGCUUUGAAGGGUGCGAAAUUCGGCCUUCCAAUGAAACACUGUUGGGACUCUGUGCCAGAUGACCAAAGGGCUGUCGUUGACACACUGUUUUCCCACCUCGAAGCGGAGGGUGCGAAGAUAAUCGAGGUAGAUUAUCCAUGUGCAGAAGGUCGUAUAGGUUCAGACGGAGAAUGGAAUUGGGAACUUGGCACCCCGGCUCAAAGUGAGUUCACAAGCAUCCGGACAGAGACCAACAAUGGUGUCAAUGCGUAUUUAUCUGAGCUCGAGAACACAGAAAUGAAAGAUUCCAAAGAUCUAUUGGAAUACCAUCAAAGGAAUACUGGAACAGAAGUCGGUGACGCUGGUGAUCUACAUGCAAUUCCAACUGGCCAGGAUACGUUUGAAAAGAUUGCGGCCCACAAAGAUGUCAAGGAUCAAGAUUAUCACGACGCUUUGGAGUACACCCGAAAACAGACUAGAGAAAAUGGCAUCGAUGCUGCUCUACGCUACGACCCAGAAAAAACUAUUCAGUUGGAUGCUUUGAUUCUAUGUGAUAGGAGACUUGUUGGACAACAACUUGCCGCUCAAGCAGGAUAUCCGACAAUUACGCUACCAGUCGGCCAGGAUAGGAAUGGUAUGCCAGUAGGCAUCACUCUGCAACAAACGGCAUGGAGAGAAGAAGAUUUGAUCAAAUGGGCGAGUGCUAUAGAAGACGCGAGGCUUCAGGCCAUGGGACCGCGUCCGGUUCCGACGUACCGCAAUAAUCUCGCCAAGAAUAUUCCCAUUGAUAAAUUGAACAUGGGGCAGAGUUGCGAAGCUAAAGUCGGUGACGUGGGAACGUCAGACUUGGAAGAACGUUUCCCCUAA